AAUAAUUUGAGUUAUAGUGAUGAAGGUGGUGUACUGCCUGGUAACCCUGGUAACCCUGGUUGCACUGCACGGAGACGCUGUUUCAGUCUCAAGGGAUCAACCUGCUGCUGUUGUUAAAGAAAACAGCUUCAGCGAGGACAACCCACUAGAGAUACUCUUUGACACUCUAAUGAAGGACUUGGUAGGGCUCUUUAGUGACACUGAGGACAAAAAAGACAGUCAGGACAGUGAGGACAGAGCUCGUUAUCAUGAUGGUCUGGAAGCUAAAUGCCCUGCGGGCACGUUUUACAACAAUACUUCUAAAAAAUGUGAAGCAUGUUUACCUGGAACAUACAGUCAAGCAAAUGCAGACGAGUGUACUCCAUGUGCUGAGGGAACGUACAACGACAUUGAACAGCAGGGAUCAUGCAAAUCUUGUGAUGCUGGAACAUUCGCCAACAAUACAGGAUCUACGGUAUGUUUGAAUUGUGGACCAGGAACAUUUACUGACGGCACCAAAUCCACUAAUUGCACUGCAUGCAAAGCUGGACAAUACAGUAUUCCCAACCACACUGACUGCAGAAAGUGCGGACCUGGGACCUUCAGCGAUAAACCUUUAGACACAUGUACACCUUGUCCUAAAGAUACAAUCAGUGGUCCAGGAGCCACUAAAUGCACUGGAUGUGGUCCAGACACACACCCUGAUGAACCAAAACAGCAAUGUAUAACUGACCCCAUUUGUUACCCGGGAGAGCAUAGGGACACUGACGGUAGCUGUGCUAGUUGUCCCGCUGGAUCUUUCAGCACUGCAAUAAACUCAACAUCCUGUACACCAUGUGCAGUAGGACACUACAACUCCGAGACUAACCAGACAACUUGUUUGGAGUGCUCCCCUGGAUCCUUCUCCAACGCUACAGGGUCGACUACCUGUGAGGGAUGUGUAGCAGGACAGUACAACUCUAACAACGGUUCUACUGACUGCUCUGACUGUUCUGCUGGUACCUUCUCCUCUGGGAACGCUACUGUUUGUACUGCCUGCCCCGCAGGACAAUUUAAUUCUGUCAACAGUUCUGCUGUAUGCACGGCUUGUGAUAUCGGUUCUUCUACUAACAAUGAAACUGGUUCUACAAAGUGCAACGCUUGCAAACCAGGCAGUUUCUCAGGAACACCAGGGUCAGCUACUUGUACUUCCUGUGCGGCGGGAUCUUCACAGGACAAGAAGGGACAAGCAAACUGUACAUUUUGUAUACCCGGUUCAUCGUCACCUAAAGAAGGAGCCAAAACUUGCGCGGCUUGCGAGGCUGGCACAUUCUCAAAUACUACAGGCUCGAUAAUGUGUACUAAAUGUGCAGCCGGCUCAGCCCGGAACACCACAGCCGCUACUGCAUGUAUCACGUGUACAGCAGGCUCCUUUUCUCCUACUGAAGGAGCUAUAGUAUGUACUGACUGCAGCGCUGGUACCUUCUCAAAUGAAACAGGGUCCACAGUGUGCAGCAACUGCUCAGCAGGUUCAGCACAGAAUAACACAGCAGCUACAAGCUGUGACUCGUGUUCUCCGGGGUCUUUCUCUGGGGAAGCAGCCAAACUCUGUACUGACUGUACUGCUGGAACUUAUGCUGAAAAAUCAGGAUCUCUAAAAUGUGAUAACUGUGCGGCUGGCUCCUUCCAGAACUCAACAGGGGCUGUGAACUGUAGUGUCUGCAGUGCAGGUUCCUUCUCAGUAGAGGCAUCCCCCCUCUGUACUCCGUGUCACGCAGGGCAGUAUGCUGGUACCUCUGGAUCUGUUAACUGCAGUGCCUGUGCUUUGGGGAGGUCUACUGAUGGGAACGCGGGUGCUACUAAGUGCGAUGAUUGUGUAGCUGGAAAGUUUGCAAACGUAACAGGAUCCCCGAUAUGUGCUUCUUGCCCUGUUGGUUCCUCAACUGGAAAUAGCACUGGAGCCACUGUGUGCGAGAUUUGUUCUGCUGGAAAGUUUUCAAAUAGCACAGGGUCAGCCAUUUGUACAGCAUGUCAAGCCGGUUCAUCAACACUAAACAUCACCGGGUCUGACAGCUGUUCUCUCUGUAGACCAGGCAGCUUUAGCAGCGAUGAUGGAUCAGCAGUGUGCUCGGUGUGUCCGGGAGGACAAUACUCCGAUAAGAACGGUACCACCACCUGCAGCUUGUGUGCAGCCGGUAACUACUCCGAUCCGAACGCCACCGUGUGUAACAUGUGCACUCCAGGACUGUUUAGUAACACCACAGGGUCCGCAGAGUGUACUAAAUGUGCUGCUGGGUCCUCUACUGAGUCACUCCGAGGAUCAACUAACUGCACGCUGUGCACUGCUGGUCACUUUGCCGCACGUGCCGGAUCCCCCUCGUGCGAUCCCUGUGCUGUAGGAACCUCCACAGAAGACAAAGCUGGAGCUGAUAAGUGUCCUCUAUGUAAGGCAGGGUUCUUUGCUGAGGACACUGGUUCUUCUAGUUGUGAUUCUUGUCCUGCUGGUUCCUACUCGGACUCAGCAGGAUCUUCUGUCUGUACGGUCUGUGCAGCUGGAACCGUCUCCGCAGCACCUGCAUCAGUAACAUGCUCUCUUUGUGCUGCUGGUACUACCUCUCCUGUUAACUCUACUGCUUGUACUGAUUGUGGGGCUGGUAGUUUCGCUGAUAAGGCUGGGUCUCCUGAGUGUAGUCCUUGUGCUGCUGGUAGUUACGCAGACAAAACAGGGAGUGUGGACUGUACCGACUGUGUACCAGGAUCCUAUCAGGACCAGACAGGACAGACUGUGUGCGCUCUCUGUGCACAAGGAUCUUAUCAGGAUAAGAAAGGAGGUGCAGUAUGUAAAUCAUGUGCUAACAGCAGAACUUACACUACCUACAAAACUGGUUCAAUAUCAGAGGAUGCUUGUCAAGGACCACUACUCAACUACACCAUAACUGGUAAAGUAAGCCAGUUGACAGACAAUGCAACUGUAACAGUGCCCGAGUCCUCUACUCUGGUACUCACCGCAGUCAGUGGUAACUGGGUUGCAAGGAAUCCUAGCAAUCCUUACACUGAGACCGUCUUCUUGAUGCAGGGAGACAAAAAGACUCUAAAAGGGCCAAAAGUGAUACUGGAACCCAUGAUGACAAACAUAUUCUGUUACAAGGAUACCGAGGGGCAUGGAGCACGGUUUGCUGGAUAUCAGGACAAGGACAUCAAGGGAAGACAAUGCGAGAGCCCUUGUCGUAACACAGAAAGUCUGCCAAUCGGGCCACAUUGCCAAGUACAGAACGAAACCUCCCCUUGUGGGAUACCUCAGUGUAUCUGGGACGUGGAGUGUUCUGCAGGGGAUGGGACAGGGUAUAGGGGUCUAGUUAAUAAGGCUACUUUAGAGGGAGGCAGAUCUGCUACAUGUCAGCGUUGGGAUAAAGACUAUCCUCAUGUUCACACCUUCCAUCCAACUACAUAUAACACAGCCAAAUACGGAAUUGGCAAUGAUAACUCCUGCAGGAACCCAGACCCCAGGAACAUCCAAAAACCUUGGUGUUACACCACUGAUCAUUGGACCAGGUUUGGGGAAUGUUCUGUUCCGGAGUGCGGUGCUGCUUUUGAUUACUUCAAACACUGAUCAAAGUUAGACGGAUUCCGGAUUUAUAGUUUCAGAGAUUUUAAUUAAGCUACUCAAAUUUCUCAUUUUGAUUUAUCCAUUAUCAAUUAGCUGGACUGAAUGGUUUAAUGUCAAUGGGAGGACUCGAGUUAUGAGUAGCAUUUUGUAUUUGAACAACUUUUUAAGUGCACUUUUGAAGAAUGAUUUUCUUAUCUUUGUCGUAAUUUUUGAUAUUAAAGCAAAUUCAUAUUUUUUGAACCAUUUUAUUUUUCUAUGAAAACAACAUUUGAACAUUUGGUAUAUUUUUGAUUUUAUGUUUUGAUACAAUGUGAAAAUUUGUUGAAUGAUUAUUAAUGUCUAGUUAUAAAAUCAUUUUAAAUGAUAUUACAGAAACAUAACUGAAUUUAAAGAAUUGUAUCCUUAUUUCUGUAUCCAUACUGAUACAUAAAUUAUAUCAAUUAAUGUGAACGCAGUUUCAGAUCGUUGCUUAAUUCCAGUUUUCAGU